GGGAGAACAAAUCACAAAAUGUCAAGUCUGGUUUUAAUUUCAUGUCCUCAGCCAUGAAGGAAGAAUCUGACGUUGUUCCACGGAAUCAUUGCACUUUUUCACGAUGAGAAUUCAUUGCAAGAUUGUGGUGAUCGUUCUGUGUUUCGGAGUUUUCCUACUUUUGUACUUUUUAGUGGGAAAUGCUGCAGAUGAGCCGCCUUUCAAAGAAGUUGCGAGUGAUAACUCUUUUCCACCUUCCCCUGGACUGGGAAACGUAGCUUCCGUGAAGUUGGCAAAAAAAACUCAACGAGUUCCUCGCGUUUCACCAAAUCAGCCACGUUCGAACCGAAAGGAAAGCAAAGUAUCAGUCAGAAGCGGUACAAAUGCGAAGCUUAGCAGACCGAGGAACGAGGUGGUACGUCCUGUGUCCAGGAGCGCCACCACCGGGGAGGAGUGGAUGCACCUGGCUGUCGUGGCCUGCGGGGAUCGGCUGCAAGAGACGCUCACCUUGCUCAAAUCUGCUCUUCUCUUCAGCGUCAAGAAGAUCAAGUUUCACAUCUUCGCAGAGGAUGACUUAGCCUCACUUUUCCAGAAAGGGCUGAGAAAAUGGCCCCGCUUCGUCUCCUCGAAAUUUCAGUACAGUGUUUAUCCAAUCACCUUCUCUGUGGGGAAUGCUGAGGAGUGGAAGAAACUCUUCAAGCCAUGUGCUGCCCAGAGGCUCUUUCUCCCGGUGAUUCUCACGGACGUGGACUCACUUCUGUACGUGGACACAGAUGUCCUUUUCCUGAGGCCCAUGGAUGACAUCUGGAACCUCCUGAAGGAGUUCAACAGCACCCAGCUCGCCGCCAUGGCACCAGAGCAUGAGAUCCCGAAGAUUGGCUGGUACAGUCGCUUCGCACGACACCCCUUCUACGGCGUGACCGGGGUCAACUCAGGGGUCAUGCUCAUGAACCUCACUCGGAUACGCAGCACUCUGUUCAAGAACAGCAUGAUCUCCACUGGCCUGUCAUGGGAAGACCUUCUCCACCCACUCUAUCAAAAGUACAGAAACCACAUCACCUGGGGAGACCAGGACCUGCUCAACAUCAUCUUCCACUACAACCCAGAGUGUCUGUAUACCUUCCCAUGCCAGUGGAACUACAGACCUGACCACUGCAUGUAUGGCAGCAACUGCAAGGGGGCGGAGGAAGAAGGAGUGGCCAUUCUUCACGGGAACCGUGGAGUUUACCACGAUGACAAGCAGCCUGCCUUCAAAGCCGUGUACGACGCAAUACAUGAUUAUCCGUUUGAAGACAACAUUUUCCAGUCACUGUUCCAACCACUUCAGACAAAGUUCCUUAACACGGUCAAUACACUAUGUGGACGAAUACCCCAAGUGUUCCUCAAACAAGUGGAGAAGACCAUGAGGACAUUGUAUGAACAGAGGGUGAUUGUUCAUGUGAAACGGCCUCAUAAAUAA